AUGGAGCCUGUUAUUAAGCAAAAUUAUCUUUCAAUGCCAGAGAGCAAGGCAGUCGAGGUUCCAAGCUGGAGGUAUGACUGGACUGGCUCUCUUCCCCCGCCUGAAAUGCCAAUUUGGCAAUAUACUACGGCAGCUUUGGACCAACACGAGGCCUCUGUGCCAUUUUACGGUCACAGUCCACCUAUCUCUUCUUUUUUGCAUGGCCAUUCUCCAUAUUCAUCGACGUUUCCAAGUCCAGGUCAUCAAGUGUUUCAUGGAGAUGCAGGGUAUCCGCGUCCAGUAUUCGAACAACGUGUUCAUGUCUCGAAUGAAUCACCUCAGAACAGUCCCGCGGAGCCCUCUGAAAUCACCGACAUUGAUGAGAUGAUAGAGGACGAGGAUUCCGAUAAUUACUCGUGGGAGCCAAAAUCAUCAGCAAGUGCUUCGAGUGCCUCGAGCAAAUCCCGCCUCAAAAGAACACAAUUGAAUAAACAAUCUUUGAAAAAUGCAAAACGAGCACACACUGUCGUUGAAAAGAACUACCGAGAAAGACUAAACGACAAAAUCACAGACUUGGCAAUUUAUCUCUUUGAGACAUCUUCGGAUUCCCGCACCAAGCCUUCGAAGUCUCUUGUCAUGACUCGCGCUAAGGAACGGCUGAAACAGCUCGAAGCAAGAAAUAAGGUUCUGGAAGGGGAGGUUGUCAAGCUGCGGCAGCAUAUUGCGAUUUUAGACCACAUUGUCGCUUCGAAGGGAGGAACGGUUCCACCACAGUCCUAA